AUGCUUAUAAUUAAUUCAUUAUUCCCGUUGGCAAUAUUCAUGCUGUUACCCAAUGCUCAUAAUAUUUAUUGUCUGGGAAACCGCGAUGGAUUUCCAGCUCCCUAUGUGCUUAUUCUUACAGAUGAAAAUUUCACUUCAACAACCGAACGAUACGAUUUAUUACUAGUUUUUUUCUAUAUAGGGGGAUUUCGGUCUAGAGUAUCUUAUAAAAUUUAUUUAAGAGCUAUAUAUACACCACCAAGUGAUCGUAAAAAUCUAGUAGAUAUCGCUCAAUUCAAUUGUGAAAAUUCGAAUAUAUCACAAUGUACGGAGAAAUAUGGAAUACAUAAUUAUCCAACAUACAGAAUUUAUCGUUACGGACAAUUUCAUGGUGAAGAAUUGGAUGGCACUAAAACAACAAUUGAAGAAUUUGACAAAUUCAUAAAAGAAUUAAAGAAUGCCAAUGCUGAACCACAACAAUCUCAUCUAUCAACCGACAGUACACAAACAACGGGACUCAAACUUGAAAUAAACACAACAACUACAACUCUUCCACAAAUAUGGCAGAAUAAUACUCGACCGACUGGAUUCAAAGAUGGAGUAAAUAAAGCAACUGCAAACCUGCCGCAUCAUUAUCUGCUCUUGGGAUUGUUUAUGAUGCUGUAUAAAAUGACAUUACAAUAA